GCCCAGCAAUACCAGACUCAGACUCAAACUUUACACCAUGACGGGCAGGGGCAGAACACUCUGCACAUUGACACCAGUCCACGGAUGAUUUAUCCCUCACAGAGCCCUUCUGCUGGAAGCCCACCAUCUCCUGGCAACUUCAACACCUUCAGACAGCAGAUGUCUGAGUCCGUUGGAAGUCUUGGCCCUCACUCAGUCACAGGUCAAAGCUCACCAAGCGUCUACUAUGGACUGUCUAGAAGGGGCAGUCUUUCCUCCUUGACUGACUCAGAUUUGGUGCAUGCCACACCAAAGUUUGUCAAAGACACGUCAAAGUUCUGGUACAAGCCAAACAUUUCCCGGGAAGAUGCCAUUCAGAUGCUGAAGGACAAACAUCCUGGAUCAUUUGUCAUCCGAGACAGUAAUUCCUUUCCAGGUGCUUAUGGCCUGGCCCUCAAAGUGGCCACACUUCCACCAAAUGUUCAGGCUAAAUCUUCAGGUGACCCACAGGCAGACUUAGUUCGACACUUUCUCAUUGAGCCCACACCCAAAGGUGUUCGCUUGAGAGGAUGUAGCAAUGAGCCCGUUUUUGGUAGCCUAGCAGCUCUUGUGUACCAGCACUCGAUCACACCUUUAGCCUUACCUGGGAAGCUAGUUUUACCUGAACCAGAUAUGGUCACUGGAACCAACAUGGCUGAAUCUUUGAGUGCUACAGAAGUGAGUUCAGCAUCCACUCUGCUGGCUCAGGGAGCAGCAUGUAACGUCAUCUACAUCAACUCUGUGGACGUGGAAUCCCUGACUGGGCCUCAAGCGAUAGCCAAGGCCGUUAAGACUACAUUUGAAAACUUGGCGCAAGGGCAGACAACUAUGGUUCAUUUCAAAGUCUUCAGUGAGGGUAUCACUUUGACGGACAACAACAGAAAGUUGUUCUUCAGACGGCACUAUCCUGUCUCUGCUGUGACUUACUGUGGGAUGGAUCCGCAGGACCGCAGGUGGAAACGGGAAGCAGAGGCGCCAGGUGGCCAUGGAGAUGCCAGGUUGUUUGGAUUUGUGGCUAGGAAACAAGGCUCAACCAAUGAAAAUACAUGUCACAUCUUUGCUGAACUCGAUCCGGAACAGCCUGCGUCAGCAAUAGUCAACUUUGUCACAAAAGUUAUGAUUGGUCAGAAAAAUUGA